UAUUGCAACUAAUCAACCAUUAUGAAUUUGUUGUGCUUGGAUAGCAACUUCGCUUGACGCCCGGAACGAUGACACGAACAAUAUUCGAGAAGAUUCCAUUCCCACUCAAUUAUAAAUUGUAUAUGUUCAAUGUAACCAACAAGGAUGAAGUUUUAGCUGGCGGAAAACCGAUAUUACAGGAAAUUGGGCCAUAUUAUUUUGAAGAAUACAUCGAUAAGUUUGAUAUUGUGGACAACAAAGAUGAAGAUACAAUAGUAUACGAAUUCAGGAAAACAUAUCAAUACAAACCUGAAAAAAAUGGUCCUGGUUUGACGGGCGAAGAGAUAGUCACUGUAGCGAACCCGCUACUUUUGUCAGUGAUACUGGCGAUCAAUACAGAUAGACCAGAUCUUCUGUCAUUCAUACAUAAGGCAGCCAAUGGCGUAUUACAUAAUCCACAAGAUAUUUUCUAUACGGGUCGUUUAUGGGAUUUGCUGUAUGAUGGUAUUGUUCUAGAUUGUUCUUCUGAUCAAUUUGAAGUCACUGCAGCGUGUUCUGAAUUCGAUAGCGGCGACUAUGGAGAAAUUCGGCGAAUCAAUGACACUGCAUUUUUGUUCUCUAUGUUUGGCAAUACGAAUGGUUCGAGCACUGGCCGUUACAAAGCAUUCCGUGGAAAGAAAAAUAUCAUGGAUGUUGGCCAGGUGUUAGAAUACAACGGUAUAUCAGAAAUGGACGCUUGGUAUGAGGAUGAAUGUAACCAAGUCUCAGGCACAGAUGGAACAAUUUUCCCGCCAUUUCAGCAAAAACAAGACGGAUUCACCAUUUAUAUUCCUCAAAUGUGUCGAGGAAUGACGGCUGAAUAUCAACAAUCUUCGAAAUUUUCUGGCAUUAAAACCAAUCGUUAUACAAUGAGUUUUGAUGUUUCAAAAUACGGAUCGCCCAAUUGUUAUUGUCGUAAUGAAGACUCGUGUCCACCUGAAGGUAUUCUUGAUCUAUUCCCAUGUGUCGGGACAACCAUUGCGAUUUCAUUGCCACAUUUUUACAAAGUUGAUCCAGCUGUUGGUGAGAGAUUGAUUGGAUUAAAUCCAGAUCCGGAGAAGCAUGAAUUUUAUCUCGAUUUCUAUCAGUUGGCUGGUGCUCCAGUGUCUGCGAUGCCACGAGUUCAAGUCAAUUUCGAAGUAGUUCCAAUUGAGGAAAUUCCCUACAUGAAAGACUUGCAGCCGAUGUACUUGCCACUCCUGUGGUUAGAAGACGGUGUUGACAUGCCGAAAAAGUUUAUCAACAUGCUGAAAUAUCAACUCAUUUUAGCGUUGAAGUUUCAAAAACUAAUGCAGUAUGGAUGUAUCAUUGGAGGUAUAAUUGGUUUAAUUAUGGGUGGUAUUGCUGGUUACAUUCAAACGGAAAAAUGGAGUGACCAUCCAUCCAAAAGUGUUAUCAAUCGAUGUGAUGAGUAG